AUGUUAUUCUCAUCCAGACGCUUGUUUCAACUUACUCGUUCACCUAAGCUUGUUCGGUUCAGUUCUUCCUGUAACAAUAAAGUACAAUUAGAAACAAGUGCUACAACCACAACUACCGCUACAGCAGAUAAAAAACAAAAACCACCUACCGAGAAAUUACAUUUUAUGCCAGUUAUCAAUAUUCCAGAAACUGAACUAGCUCACCAUGCAUUCUUUUCACUCCAUAGACCUCUGUUGGGUCUAUCAGAUCAAGAAGAGCGACCUUUCUUUUCUGGUAAAUCAAUAGAAGAGUACAACCAAGAGAAACUGGAUAUGGAACUGAAUGAUUAUUUAAUGGAUCAGCAGCCCUUUGUUGAACCUGGUCAGCCUAAAAUAGAACAAGAAGAGAUGCAAGUAUCGUUUGAAAUAGAAGAUGUUUAUGAAGAACCAAUGCCUGUAUUUCAUAUGCCAGAAAGCAAUGAUAUACUUAAUUUCCUAGACACAAUAGAAAACAAAAUGCAUAAAGAACAUGCUAAACUAGAAGCUAAAGAGUCCAGGCAAAGGAAACAAGCUAUCAUUAGACGAUUUCAUGCAAACAAUGGUCAGUUAGAAACCACUUCCAAAGUGCCUUUUAACUUUUCAUUAUUGGAAAAUGUGCUAUUUGUAUCCACACUGAGUGAAUGCUUGACGCGUUCCUAUGAUUUUAUCGAUUGGAUGGACAAUAAACAACACUCUUUUCAUAGUCACAAUGCGAGACGUACGUCAAUUCAAUCGGAUGCUUAUUCAACGGAAUUGAUCCGAAGAUUUAGUUCUGGCAGCACAACCAGUAGUUUAUCGAGCAUUUCUUCUUAUUUCUCAUGCCAGGGUGACGCACAGACUCACUCUAAAGAUGACCCAGGUCAUGAUGGUUGUGACACAUUACCUAUAUGGGCUGAUCCUAACAGAAUAGCCGAAAAUCCUACUCGAUUUCAAUACCUGAUGGCUUAUUUACGCCAACAACAGUUCCCUCCUUCUUUGCCUCUUCAAAAAUCUUGUUUGUUCUAUUUUAGUCAAAAUACAUCUGACUAUGUAAAUGCGAUACAGUGCAUGUUGCAGGUCGAUACAGUCUGGAAAUUCUCUUCUUGUUGGCGCACAUUAAAAGGCUACAAAAAGCCUUCCGAAUUCAGUAUCAAUCAGAACCUGUAUUGUUUUGUGCAAGGUGUGCAACCCAUGUGGGAAGACCCUGUGAAUGCAAAAGGUGGUGGUAGAUUAGUGAUUGUUUCUCAUCAGUUGGACAACCUGUUUGAAUGGCUACUUUGUGCUUUUGUGGGUGGUCAGCUUUAUGAUGAAGGCUGUGUCGGUGUCGUUGUUUCAAAAAAAGCGCACGGGGAUCGAGUUGAGUUAUGGUUUGACCAAUACAUGACACAAGAAAAAGUGCCUUUACUCAAAGAGAAACUGUGUAGUUUAUUGUCCAGCAGUUGUCAUCAUGAAAUCAAUUCAAGUCGCUAUAAAAAGCAUUUUCUCUAA